GGCUGAAAAGUUAAUGAGUUCUAAACUAGUUAACUAGAUGAAGAUUAGAUUAAAAACAACCGUCAGAAAAUUUGAUCUCAAAAACACAAAAUUAUAAUAACAAUAACAGAGAACAAAAUCUACCUACACUUAAGCAACAACAAAGGAAAGACCUCUUAGAAGAGAGAAGAAAAAAAAAAGGAGGAGAAAUCGGAAUUGAUAUGGGGUUGGACUACUAUAGGACCUUGGAGGUAGAGAGAACUGCCACAGAUGAAGACUUGAAGAAAGCUUAUAGAAAGCUUGCCAUGAAAUGGCACCCUGAUAAGAAUCCAACCAACAACAAAGAUGCUGAGACUAAAUUCAAACAGAUCUCUGAAGCCUAUGAGGUUCUAAGUGAUCCGCAUAAGAGAGCAAUUUGUGAUCAAUAUGGAGAAGAUGUCCUUAAAGGGAAAAGACAACCUCCUGGUGGUGGAGCUUCAUUCUUCCAUGGUGGGGAUGGACCAACAAUGUUUAGGUUCAACCCCAGAAAUGCAGAAAGCAUCUUUGCUGAAGUUUUUGGAUGUUCAAGCCCCUAUGGAGGAAUGGGAAUGGGAAGGGGAAGGGGCAUGAGGGGUGGUUAUGGUGGAUCUUGGGUGUCAAGAUCCUUUGGUGGAAUAUUUGGCAGUGACAUGUUCAGUUCAGCUAGAGAAGAAGCCACACCCAUGAAUCAAAGUCCACGCAGGGCUCCUCCCAUUGAAAACACACUACUUUGCACCCUUGAGGAACUUUACAAGGGCACUACCAAAAAGAUGAAGAUUUCAAGGGAAGUUGUGGAUGCAAGUGGGAAAGUUAUUCAUGUGGAGGAAAUCUUGACCAUUGAAAUCAAACCUGGCUGGAAAAAGGGAACAAAAGUCACAUUCCAGGAGAAAGGAAACCAGCAGCCAAAUGUAAUUGCUGCAGAUAUUGUGUUCAUCAUUGAUGAGAAGCCUCACAAUGUGUUUACAAGAGACGGUAAUGAUUUGGUUGUCACAGAAGAGAUAUCACUUACCGAGGCUGAAGCACAAUCAAGCUACACUGUCCAUCUUACAACUCUAGAUGGCAGGGAUCUGACCAUUGCUGUAAACAAUGUGAUUAGUCCAAACUAUGAAGAGGUGGUUGCAGGAGAAGGUAUGCCGUUUCCAAAGGAUCCUUCAAAGAGGGGUGACCUUAGGAUCAAGUUCAACAUACUAGUCACAGACAAGGUUGAUGCUGGGGCAGAAAAUCAAAACUAGGAAAGUUCGGGUGCAACAAUUGCAGAGUAUAUGUUGUGUAUAAUAAUAGUCAUAUUUUUUUUGUUCCCAUUCUUCUUUUUCUCCUUUUUAGUCCUGCAUUUUAGAUGGGUUUGGUUUGUGAUUGCUGUGUUACUAUAAUAUCCAUGCAAA